UCUAAUCUUCGAUACUUCCAAGCAAACUUUGCCUUUGCUUCCCUUCUUCUCUCACUUCUCUCUCUUUCUUUUUCGCCGCCACGUACUCCUCCUCUCUUUUCGUUCUUUUUUUACUUUUUCAAAGAUAUUUUUUGGGCUUCAAUCUCAAUGCCGAGUAUUUAUUGAUUCAGUUCCCGUUUCAGCAUUGAAGAGCUUGGAAAAGGGGACGUGGAAGGAUGGAAAUUGAGAAAGGUGGUAGCUUGGUGGAUAUGGUGGUAUCUAGGGACUUUGGAUGCUCGCAUUAUAAAAGGAAAUGCAAGAUUAGAGCGCCUUGCUGUGGCGAGGUGUUUGAUUGUAGACAUUGCCACAACGAAGCCAAGAACUCUUUUGAAGUUAGUCAGUUUGCUCGCCAUGAGAUCCCUCGCCACCAAGUCACCAAGGUUAUAUGUUCUCUCUGUGACAAAGAACAAGAUGUUCAGCAAAACUGCACAAAUUGUAAUGUUAGUAUGGGGAAUUACUUCUGCUCAAAAUGCAAGUUCUUUGAUGAUGAUGUUUCAAAGAACACAUAUCAUUGCGACGGUUGCGGCAUUUGUAGAGUUGGUGGUGCAGAGAACUUCUUUCACUGUGAUCAGUGUGGAUGUUGUUAUAGCAAAAUGUUGAAGGAUUCACACCGAUGCAUCGAAAGAGCAAUGCACCACAACUGCCCAAUUUGUUAUGAAUAUCUGUUCGACUCAUUAAAGGACGUGAGUGUACUACAAUGCGGCCAUACAAUACAUUUGGGUUGCCUCCAAGAAAUGAAGCUGCAUUUCCAAUUUGCAUGCCCUGUAUGUUCUCGAUCAAUAUGCGACAUGACCAGCGUGUGGGAAAAACUCGAUCAGGAGGUUGCUGCUACUCCAAUGCCUGAUAUAUACCAAAAUAAGAUGGUGUGGAUCCUUUGCAACGAUUGCGGUGUCAAAUCAAAUGUGCAUUUCCACAUUGUUGCUCACAAAUGCCAGAGUUGCAAUUCCUACAACACCAAGCAGACGAUCGGUGUUCCAUGUUUGUAGGUAGUUUGAAGUAUAAUGCAGCAAUGCUUAUUUGAACCUUCAUAUUUGCUUGGGAGAGAAUAUCUCGGUGCUCUGAUUUAAUUCAUCGAUGCGAAAAACAAAAGAUCGGCGGCGAUGAUGAGUUUGAGGUUGAUGCUUUCUGAGCAUCCGGUUGCAUGUUUUCCAAUGAUCUGAUCACACGGAGCUACAUUGUGUUGCCAUUGUGCUGAUGUUUAUGCUCUUUUGCAUGCAUUACUGAUAUUUGUUUCACUAUGCUUCAGUAAUCAUAUAUAUAUAUAUAUAUAUAUAUAUAAUGCGCAAAUAUGUUGCUCUUCUUCCUAGUUGCAGCUUAAUUCGAGGGAAAAUUAUCUUUUCAA